UUCUCUAAUAAAAUUCCCUAAUGAACAAACUUACUGUCCCACAAUAUUAACAGGCAACCACAUAAAUGCCCACUUGUUAGGUCACAAAAUAGCCACCACUUACAUAUUCUACCAGACAGUAAUUGUCCAUAAGCUAUUUACACAUGCAGAGGCAUUAUAUACAGGGUUGCUAAUUCCACACCCGACCCGAGUCCAAAAUCCACACACUGAAGCUGCUCAUUUACUAAAAUGUUCAUUGAUCAGUAAAGUAAAUUAAAGUGAAGUGAAGAGUUUACCAACAUUCAUUACGCGUUGUCAGUCUGCAAUAGUAGCUCGUUCCUAGUGGAGAAAACCAGUGGUGGUGGUGGUGUUGCCAUACGAAAGUGGUGAGCAUUUCGGCUAACUUUCUCCGGGCAGUAGGCCGCGAGUAGGUGGUGAACUGCUCACCCGAAAUAAUUGUUAUAUAAUAACAAUUAAUAAAUACUUUGCGUGUAACGAAGGAACAUACAAUAUUGUGCUGUGAGGGAACAGGAAAGCGUCAGCAAAAUAAAUCGUUUGGACCAUUUUUAUUUUGUGGAUUAAAUUCUAAAGAAGAUCAUGAUGACAAUGACAGACAAAAUUAGAAUGAUGCUCCCCGUUGUUUCGAAAUGGUUUAAUACAAGGCCUGUAUACCAAAAGGCCGUUACACCACUCAUGAUAAUGCAUAGUUUCUCUCCAGUCAGUCACAGCCAGAAUCGGACCUUGACCACGAAAACGCUGGCGAGAGGAAUCGAGCUAGUGACCACCAACAAACACGUUGCAACUGUACCUAACAAUCCAUUACAAUUAGCAGUUAAUACACAGCUAGCGGAAGAAAGGCCUCUAUGUAUUCUGCUGUGCUGGCUCAUGUCUCAACAGAAGCACGUGCUAAAAUACGCCAGAUUCUAUUUAGAUCAGGGCUUCACAUGUUUAACGGUCAGCCUGACACCAUGGCAGUUACUUUGGCCCGUCACCGGAUCUCAGUUGGUGGCGAAAGAUAUUCUGACAUUCCUCAGUUUGAACAGGAAUUAUCAGUCCACAAUUGUUCAUGGAUUUUCUGUGGGAGGCUACCUUUGGGGAGAAGCUCUGAACAUGAUGAGCCAGAAUGCUCAAAAAUACAACCCCAUUCUGAAUCAAAUUCGUGGACAGAUUUGGGACAGUGUCGUCGAUAUGCAAGGAAUUCCCGUUGGAAUGCCUUUUGCCAUUUUCCCCAACAAUGCUCUCUUACGAAAUAGUCUUGAAAAGUACAUCAGAUACCACAUGGCCAAGUUCCACGAAUCUGCUACGAAACAUUAUAAUCUAGCGAGUAGCAGCUAUCACAACAGCAUUUUAACAGCACCGGCAUUGUUCCUCUGCUCUUUGGACGACUCUGUGGGUUCUAUUCAAGGAAUUCGAACUGUGGCUGAUAAGUGGGAGGCGAAAGGAAUUGAAGUAUUUCUUAAAGCAUGGGAGAGCUCACCUCACGUCAGUCACUUGCAUCACCACCCUGAAGAAUACAAACUAGAAAUGAAAGCAUUUUUGGAACGUCUACAAUUAGUUCCUUACCCUGAAAAGUUUUUACAUCAUGUUCCUCAUUCUCAAGUUUCGAGGGUUUGAUGAUUUGACAAACAUCUACUGUAAAAGAACUCCUCCUCAAAGGAAUUCCUCUUAUGUAUAUGUAAAUGAAACCAUAAGUGAAUAAUAACGUUAUGGAAAAUUAUAUAUAAACCUAUAUAAAUACAUAUAUAAAACUUAAAUGUAUGAGAAUUUUAUCAGAUAUCAGUCAGGAUCGGAACAAAUUAAUAAACUGUCGGAAGUCAUUGUUACAU